AUGGAAACAAAAUUAUUUAAAUUAGUAUCGAAACGUGCUGCAUUAAUGCGCGCUCCAUAUGCUCAAUCAUCGUGGACAAUCAAUACCAGUACAAUUAAAAAGAAAAAAUCAACACCACAAAAUAAAACUUUAAAAAGUGUACCAAAAAAGAAAAAGAAUAAUAAUAAUAAUAAUAAUAAUAAUAAUAUUAAUUUAUUAAGUAAAAACCUUAUUUUACCUUUUGCUCGUCGUCCGAUUCUUAUUGAUCGUCCCCUCCCCAAAACGUCUGGUAACAAACAUAUUGAUACAUGUUAUUUAUGUCAGCGUGAUCUAUAUGAACAAUCGAAAACAACAACAACAACAACAACACAAUCUUAUUUAUCUGGUGAUGAACAAAAUUUAAGUGAACAUAAUACAACAUUUGACUCAUCAUCAUUACCCCCCUCCCCAUUUGUUUGUGAUCCGUAUGAAUCUUAUGAUUGGGAAUGUUAA